AUGCAAUUCUAUCAGCAUCAACAAGAAUGAUAAGCCAAAAUACCCUUGGAAGGGAUUUCAAACACAAGUUGAUGAUUUCAAGACUAUUUUUAGCCAUCCAAUCAGCUGUGAAGCGGUCGGGCUCCACCUCCUGGCAUUGGUAGUGCCAGCGAUUUUCUUGAUGAUAAUCCUAUGAGGGUGGUGGCUGGUAUUGUUAAUGUUAAGUUCUAAAGCCAGAAGGAGAGCAACGCAUAAGGUCCAAAGUUCAGCAAGAUCAAUGCUGCAAUUCCCAAGGAACAUGCUAAAACCAGCCACCUAGUUACCAUGGAUCCAAGAGAAAUCGUUGAUGAUGCUUCUCUUUUUUCUGAAAAUGUCCAUCUUUGUAUAUUCUUCAAAGACUUUGUUCAUGAAAUUGUUGCACUCAUCAAAGUUCAGGCAAGUUAGUAUGGAGACUUUGAAGAAUACACUUGUCUGGCUUUGAGGCAGAGCUGGUUUGGUCUCACAUAACAGGUCCGAGCAUAUCUUGGCAAUGCACUAUAAUCGUAAUAAUAAUUGGCUUCCAGAUUGCCUACCUGCACAACGGAUAUCAUCCUAGUACAUUAUGUUCAUGUAAGCUUGAGAUGUAUAAGAUAAGUACGUGCAGCCUAAUGGUGUUGAUCAAUUUUAGCCCCCAAUCCAGUAAAGCAUAAACAUAGGGGAUUAUUCUUACCAUAAAACCUUUGUGAUGAUUAACUUAUAUUUGUAUGUCCUUGUGUUGAUCAUAGACAAACCCUGCUCCACAAGUUGUAGUACAUAGUGGCCUGCAAGAUUCAGGGAUGAUUUACAGAGCAUUUACAUAACCAUAUGUGCAAGUAUGAAAGAGAACCCCAAAACUUACUGCCUGCAAAACUCUCUCCUUACAUGAAGAAAUCUUGGGUUUUGUUUGUGGAUAUCUGAAGCAGUUCAGUAGGAAUUAUGGCCACUGUAGGCUAAGUCCGACAGAAACUCUCUCCUGUCAAAUAAACCCACAAACUUGGUGACAGCAAAAGGAAUAUGGGUUUAAAACACAACUCUAACCAGGGAUUCCACAAAAAGCAGAUUAUUGGCUUCUGCAGGAGAGUUGAAUUCAG